UAUAUAUGAAGAAUUUUUGCUAACAUAAAAAUAUUAAGUUUAUUUAUUAUUAUCUCCAUACUGAAACGCCCACAAUUGUGAUACAAACGAAGAAGAUGUGUUCCCGCAACAUAAAGAUCUCGCUGGUGCUGUUUCUUGUUUUGAUACCACUUAUCACAGCCUUGCCACAUAACAACCACAAUUUAGCCAAAAGAAGUAAUUUCUUCGAUUUGGAAUGCAAGGGUAUCUUCAAUAAAACAAUGUUUUUCCGUUUGGAUCGUAUUUGCGAAGAUUGUUACCAACUUUUCCGCGAAACGACCAUACAUCGAUUAUGCAAGCAAGACUGUUUCGGGUCACCUUUCUUUAAUGCUUGUAUUGAGGCAUUGCAAUUACAUGAAGAAAUGGACAAGUACAAUGAAUGGCGUGACACACUUGGCAAAAAGAAAUAAAUAAAAUCCUGCAUAAAUGGAGCACCUCACCGGAAUGUUCUUAAGGCUUUUAAUUACGACGAUUGCGAAUAAACCUCUUGGCUUCGAACAAAUAUUAUGUAUUAGAAAUCAUAUAAAAUAUGUACUCAAGUUAACUUAGUUUGUUUUUAAAUGUCUUUCUUAUAUA